ACUGCCAGUUCCGAUUUUUACCUACCGCCGCGCCAUUCCUAGCAACUAAUUAAAAUAAGCUAGUUUGUUUACUUAGAGGCACAAAUAAUAGGAUCCAGGACAAUGAGAGCGGAGGCAGCGGUCAGUUGUUUGCUGCUGGUAUUCCACAGCGUAUGUUGCCAAAGUGGCAGCGAGGAGAACUGGGUUGAUCCGUAUCCCGGCUGGUCCAACUUAGUCCAGGAGUUCAACCUGCCAGAUGGAUCCUGCCAAUGUCCUGCAAUUCCACAGCAAUCUCCGGCCGUUGUCGAGGAUGCCCUGGCUCUCAUUUACUUUAAAAAGUUCGUCAAUCUACUGUUUCAACGCAAGCGUUUACAGUACGAUGCUGAAUCGGCGCUCCACAAGCGAUCGUUACUAUUCUCGCUGCUGCCAUCGCAACUUGAGGAACUCGAAAAGGUGCAGGAUGUCCGGGAUCUGGACAUUUUGCUGACGAAAAUACUGGAGAGUGCCGAAGAGGCUCCAUUGUUUGAGGGUAUGUCCGGAUGCUCCUAUGCCCAGCAGGGAGUAUUCUCGUUAUUGACGGAUAUUUUCAAGGACAUAGUAGCGCUAACAAAAACAUCGGAGGUGCAAUUUAUAUUAUUUGCAACAUUGGCCACCAUACUUGGAUGCUUUGUGCACAAACGUUUCCGUAUCCGGUUAAUUUCAAUUGUUUUAGGGGGUGUUUUUCUAUGUGGAUAUAUUCACACUUACUUAGAGUGCAACAGAAAAUUAGAUGUCGAAGCUAUGAUGGAGGUUAUGAAAAGUCACGAGGAACCGAGAAGUUACGCGGAAAUGUCUUGGUUUGGUCGAAUAAAAGGCUAUGUAUUCAAAGCUUCGCCAAAGGAUAAACAACUAGAAAUGCUUAAAAAAUCUUCAAAGAUCAAUCUUUCAAUCUGCAUGCCAGAUCACGUAUUAUUUAUGUACAUGAACAACCUGUUUCUAAAGCAGUUAGAAAUGUUGUUGGAAAAAGUGUCGGAAACUAUGAACAAACUUUCCACUGGAUUAUCAUUCCCCUUUAACCUUCUUGCCCCCCUCCUCUUGGUGGCUUUGGUGGGGUACAUAAUAAAGCUAAGUUUUAAAUAUAUCAUUAGCCCCAAAGCAUGGGCCUCCCUUGUCCGCAACAAUCCCGCUCCGAUUGGUACACAAACGGCCCAGCAAUCUAUUGGUGCUCGAGAGGCCGCAGGGGAUUGCAUAUCGGGCGAGAACCUGAAAAUGCUGUUAAAUGUAAUGAGCGUGACGAGUGUACAGCAGCAGUCACAACAAACUCAACCUAUGCCCGCCGUUUCGGGUGUCCAAGAGCUGGUAGAAUCGCUGGAAGCUCCUCCCUCCCCGGAGAAAAAAGAAAAACUUAAUGUUAGCGAUUCUAGCAGCAAAAGCAAAAGCAGCGUUCAGGAGGUUGAAGGAUUCACGCUGGUCGACGAUCACGAAGAUGAUAACGUUGAUAAUUUGUAGCGGCAAGCUGUAAACUUAUUUUGUAUUAAUGUUAAUUAUAAUGUCCGUGAUUUUUACCCAGUCAAUUAGAGUCCGUAAAUGAUCGGCAAAUAAUUCAAUUCUUUUGCUUGAUUUGUCAUAGUUAAAUUUUUAUUUAAAUUAUUUUGCAUGUUCUUAUUCUCAUUUGCACGAUAAGUGUUAUUAAGAUAAAUCUUCAACAAUAAGAUCUUUUAAGUAGGCCACCAACUGUUUAUAUUUUGCUUAUUAUUAUUAUGCUGCCGGCCUUUCAAAAAAUCGGAUAUAAUUU